AUGGGGCGCAAAUCACGAUCCUUGUGUGCAGCAGCUGCUGCCACAGGUGUGCUGGGUCUGGUGCUAGCACUCCCAGCCCACAACAACCAAGAAUGUUUUACAUCCGAGUCAGUGGCCUGGUUCACUUUCCCACGAGCCGCACGGCAAAGAGCGAGAGUGAGCCAGGUGGGCCACAAAACCGCGCGAGAGGUACAAUCCGACUCUGCCGCCUUCUUCUUCAGUAGAUACAGCGCGACAAGGACUUUCGAGUCUAUACUUGCGGGAACACCACGCCUGUCAGUUCUGGCUGGACCUCCAAGCUGUGGCAAGAGUCGCUUCAUCGCCGGAGUCAUGCACGAGUGGCAGCAUCCGCAAGGCUUCAUCUACAUCAACCUCAGAGGUGUAGACCUCACUUCCACGCAGGCCCUCACAGACACCCUGCUCCGAGCAGCCAGGGAGAGUUGGCCCAGAAGGAUGCUGAGGAAGUUCAGGAGGGCGAAGAGGAAAGGAAGGGUCAAGUGGCUGAGAUCUUCAAGAAAGUUGGAAGCAUCAAAUGGCCGCUCGCUGCCUUUGCGAGAGCUGCAGGAUGUACUUCGGACAUUAGGGCAGAUGUUGAGCAAGAAGCCGUUCAGGAACUGGUGGGGUGGCACGAAGAUGCAGCCAGUGCUGUGCUUUGAUGAGGCGCAUCUUCUGCAUCAAGAGCUCGUGGCAGCAAAGCCCGACUCGAGUGAUACCAGAAGUGCGUAUGAGAUCUUGAUGAGGUGGAUUGUCCGGAACACCAAAGAGGAGCGCAACUUUCACGUGCUCAUGGUCUCAUCAGCGCCACGCUUCGCCAGCGAGCUCUAUAAGCACCCCCAAGCACAAGUGAAACCCUUGGUGCUGGGUGACUUAGAUAAAGCAGAUGCUAGCCAGUUUUGGAAGAGAUGUGGUGGUGAGAAGGUGAAGUUUGAUGACGCGUUCGCAGCGGUGGGUGGUCAUAUGCACCACUUGGAGAGCUUGGCCGAAGCACCGGACUAUGACUUUGAACUUCAGAGCAUCCAGGCCAGCUUGAACUACGUGGCGACUGACUUUCUGACAAAGCACGGCAAGCAUGCGGUGUUAGCCAUCGAGUUCAUCCUCAGCAACGGCGGGAUGGUGCCGAAGAGAGAGUUGCUGCAGAAGCUGCAAGAGAAUGGUUACCCUUUGCUGAAGGAGGCUGCUGAGAAGCUCGAGGAGAUGAUCGAUGACAAUGGUUUCCAAGAGAGGAUCGUCCAAGGCCUCUCCUCGGAUUUGCCAGCAGCUGCUCGUGACAUGGAGCUCCCCAUAGUCAUGGCGCCAUGUCGCGCGGUGCGUAAGCUGUGGGAAGUCAACCUAGAAAGCUGGAAGACUCUGGUUGAGUGA